GCUGUGCAGAAGGAUCAGAAAAAUGCCUGCCCAAGCGACCACUGAGCCCCCCAAAUGUUGCUGCUUCAACAUCAAGACAACAACAGUGGCUCUAGGGAUCUUCCACAUGGUUAUGAGUGUUUUGCUGCUGAUUGAGUACUCUCUGGAGGUGGCUAGCGGGAAAGGCUUUUGCAAAGACCUGGACAAGGAUUACUACAGAAUUGCUGAUGUCGUCACCAGUUUCCUGUUGAUCACCAUGUUGUUUGUCAUCAGCUUCAACCUCCUCCUUGGUGUGGUGAAGAAGAGAGAACGUCUCCUGAUCCCUUUCCUUGCUCUACAAGUCAUGGACUUUCUCCUCAGCCUCCUAACAAUGUUCAGUUCCUACAUACAAAUCCCAGCGGUUGUUUCUGUGUCCUCCCUUAGUCACAAGGGACACUCGAAGAUCCCUUUCCUGGCUCUGCAGCUGCUGGACUUCUGCCUGAGUAUUCUCACUCUCUGCAGCUCUUACAUGGAGGUCCCCAGCUAUCUCAGCCUCAAGUCUUCAGACAAUGGGGGCUUUUUGCCAACCCUGGAGAAGUUACCAACAGAGGAAUAUGCCAAAGUGAUGAUCACCUUCACCAUUGCAUUCAUUGCUGUCCUCCUCCUGAAGGUCUAUAUGUUCAAAUGUGUCCUGAGCUGCUUUAAGUAUAUUAAAGCCAGCAAGAGAGAGGAGGUGAAAGUCAACCCACAAGCAGUUGAAAAGGCUGUGCUGCCAUCAUAUGAAGAAGCCUUAGAGUUGCCUUCCAAGGAAUCUCCACCACCCUAUGUAGGAAUCUAAGCUCUGCUCAUGGAGAGAAGACAUCUGUAUUGCUGUUGAUGCCUCUUACCCCUUCUGCCAGAUAGUCAGCCCCAUUGGGAAGUCCUUACUUUAUAGCAGUAUCAUGCUUAUUACAAUCUAGCUCACUUUAUGAGCCUACAAAGAGUGAUGGUGAAGCACUGGAGCUGGUGCCUUGUUCUACACUGGCAGUUUUCUCUUGGUACUAUCAAGUUGCAGUGCUGAUUUUAAUAAACUUGGCACCAGGCA